AUGUACGAGCUGUAUGGAGACUGCCUCAGCUUCGACACAACAUUCAAGACAAACAGAUACUACCUCCCAUUUGCUCCCUUUGUUGGUGUCACAGGACAUGGCCAGAACUGUUUGUUUGCUUGCUCUAUCAUAGAGAAUGAAACAGCUGACACCUUUCAAUGGUUGUUUGAGACAUUCUUGCAUUGCAUGGGUGGGAAAUCUCCGUCCACAAUCAUAACAGACGAGGAUGCUUGGAUGACGACAACUAUCCCUUUAGUUUUCCCGCAUAUCUGCCACAGGUGUUGUUUGUUUCAUAUUAAAAAGAAGGCUGAGGAAAAAUGUACUAGGACUUUUGCAGCAAAUAAAACACUGCAUGAUGAUUUCAGUGACAUCAUUCACAACUCUCUGACGGUGGCUGAGUUUGAGCAAUUGUGGACAGAGAUGAUCCAGAAAUACAACAUUGGGCAUGUGAAGUAUUUCCAAAUCAUGUGGAAGAAAAGGAAAAGGUUUGUCCCUGUGUAUUUCAAGACGGACUUCUUCCCCUUCAUUCACUCUACUGCGUGUAGUGAAGGCACCAACGCCAUUUUCAAGGACAACAUCACGUCAACUCACAAUGUGAUCAGCUUCCUCCAAGAGUACCAGAAGAUUUCAGAAACCAUACAAGAUAAGGAGAGGGAGCAAGACUCUAUCACAAGAACAACUUCGCCGACAUUCUGGGCACGAAGUGAGCUUGAGAUACAAGCUGCAAAAAUGUACAACAGAAAGAUAUUUUACAGAUUCCAAAGACAGAUAAAGUUUGUGCUGAAUUUGCAUGUUGAAGAGGUUGAGAGAAAUGUGAAAUAUGAAGUCUACAAGACACCAAUGCUAGCUGAAAAGGAUUUCAGAACGCGAAGAUUUGUUGUGAUUGUGAACUUGCAGCAACAGUUGUUCAGUUGUAUCUGUGGGAAAUUUCAGAAAGAUGGCAUUGUGUGUUGCCAUGUCUUGAGAGUCCUUUCUCAUCUCAACAUGUCUAUGCUGCCAGAAAAAUAUUACAUAGACAGGUGGAGGCCAAAAAAUACAAUGGACAUACGGGACAUCCGUUUCAAUGUUCCUUUGGAACUAACUGCUGGAAGUCAACACUUAAGGUAUACCCUGCUAUCCAACAGGCUCAAUGAGAUGGCCUCGGACGGUGCAUCAACAAACAGAAAAUAUCUGUAUGUUGUAGCAGAAUGUGAAAGGGUGCAACAAAGGUUGGAUGAGAUGACUAAAGAGGAUGAACUUGCAGAAGCGCAACAAGCAAAUGUUGACAAGGACACAACAGAGACUAAUGCAGCACCGCAUCAUGAUGGCUAUGGAGACAAACUUCAAGAUCCUGAUGUUGCAGUGUCAAAAGGGCGUCCACAAAAAGGACGUUACAAAACUUUCAUGGAAAGUUUAGCAUCUAAACAGAAAGUCACAUGCAGUCGCUGUGGGAAGCCUGAUCAUUAUAAAAGUUCUUGUACUGCAAGUACUGAAGAUGUCAAUUUGGCUCAGAAAGAAAAAUUCAGCCGCAAACAUGUCUCAGCCUCUGCUGGGACAUCUACAGAGAAGCAGCUAGCUCAUGCAAAACCGAGCAAGAAGGCGAGAAAAGGAAACUGA